GACCACGCACACAUCUUCUCCUCCAUCGCGCCUCUACUCUCUCUCUCUCCUUCCCCAGUCACCGAUCCAAACCAUCGCAAAGAGAGAAAAAAAAAUCCCCCGAUCCAGCACCGAGCGCGCACCGGUGGAGAUCGUGGUGGGAGGAUGUCGUCGGACUACUCGUCGUCGUGGGCGCGCGCGCUCGUGCAUAUCUCGCCCUACACCUUCUCCGCCAUCGGCAUCGCCGUCUCCAUCGGCGUCUCUGUCCUCGGCGCAGCAUGGGGGAUCUUCAUCACGGGGAGCAGCCUCAUCGGGGCCGCCAUCAAGGCGCCCAGGAUCACCUCCAAGAACCUCAUCAGUGUCAUCUUCUGUGAGGCCGUUGCAAUUUAUGGUGUAAUCGUGGCGAUCAUCCUCCAAACAAAGCUUGAAAGUGUGCCAACAUCCCGAAUGCAUGAUCCAGAGUCUAUGCGAGCUGGUUAUGCAAUCUUUGCCUCAGGUCUUAUUGUCGGCUUUGCUAAUCUUGUUUGCGGGGUAUGCGUGGGAAUAAUUGGAAGCAGCUGUGCACUCUCUGAUGCCCAGAAUUCAACACUCUUUGUAAAGAUCCUGGUGAUUGAGAUCUUCGGCAGUGCUUUGGGUCUCUUUGGAGUGAUCGUGGGCAUAAUUAUGUCAGCUCAAGCAACAUGGCCAACGAAAGUCUAAUUCCAUCCAUCUGGGAAUCUCUGUAAAUUAUUUUGGGUGAAGCCCUUUGGAAUGUCAACAUGUGUUCAACUGUUUCUUAUCUAUUCUUUUUUCUUUUGCACGUUUUUGGUAAAUCAUGUAUUUUGGUGCUUGAUGCAUCUGAUCGUAGAGAUACUGUUCCUACUGUAAAGACUCCAUAUGCCUGCCAGGUAUCAUCUUGUAGGUGCUAUUGCUUUUGCAGAACGUGGACUGCCUGUUGAAUAAAAGCAUUGAACUUGAGAAUAA